UUCUCUCCUGCCGGAAGUGCCUGCAAGAACUUCCGGGUGGGCACGGGUCUGAGGCAGCAGCUGCGGCGGCUGCUACUGGGGCGGUUGGUAGAGGGUCGCGGGACCAAACUGGCGCCGGUCGCGAACGGCUGAGGCAGAGGAGAGCGAGGAAAAGGCUGCCACGGGGCAAGGGAGCGAUGUGAAAGGCCAACGCCCAGGCUUACCAAGUGCUUUCCUCAGAAUCGUGUGAGAUUGGCCAUGCCAAGUAUUCCUGUCUUCAUUGUGCAGAUGAAGAAACUCACUGUAUCCCAUAGUACUGAACUAGAUUUGUAAUGAAAUGGAGUCUGGAACAAGUUCUUUUCGAGUGGAAUUUCCUGAUUUUUCUAGCACCAUUUUGCAGAAACUAAACCAGCAGAGACAACAAGGACAAUUAUGUGAUGUUUCCAUUGUAGUCCAAGGACAUCUUUUUAGGGCCCACAAGGCUGUUCUUGCUGCCAGCUCACCUUACUUUUGUGACCAGGUGCUACUGAAAAACAGCAGAAGAAUAGUUUUGCCUGAUGUUAUGAAUCCAAGGGUUUUUGAAAAUAUCCUUCUUUCAACUUACACAGGACGUCUAGUAAUGCCUGCUUUAGAAAUUGUCAGUUAUCUGACAGCAGCCAGUUUCCUCCAGAUGUGGCAUGUGGUAGACAAAUGCACUGAGGUUUUAGAAGGAAAUCCUACAGUCCUCUGUCAAAAGUUAAAUCAUGGCAGUGAUCAUCAGUCACCAAGCAGCAGUAGCUACAAUGGUCUAGUUGAAAACUUUGAGCUUAGUUCUGGUGGACACCCAGAUUUCCCUAAAACCCAAGAACUGAGAGAUGGAGAGAAUGAAGAAGAGAGUUCCAAAGAUGAAUUGUCAUCUCAGCUAACCGAACAUGAAUAUCUUCCCAGCAAUUCUUCAACAGAACAUGAUAGACUAAGUACUGAAAUGACCAGUCAGGAUGGUGAAGAAGGGGCUAGUGAUAGUGCCGAAUAUCAUUAUACACGGCCCAUAUAUAGCAAGCCCAGCAUCAUGUCUCACAAACGUUGGAUCCAUGUGAAGCCAGAAAGAUUUGAACAGGAUUGUGAAGGUGUUGAUGUACAUGCUGCUUAUGAUGAACACCAGGUCACUGAAUCGAUCAAUACUAUUCAGACAGACCAUUCUAUCCAGUCUUCAGGGGUAGAUGAGGACUUUCACAUUGGUGAAAAAAAAGUUGAAGCUGAGUUUGAUGAACAAGCUGAUGAAAGUAAUUACGACGAGCAAGUUGAUUUCUAUGGCUCUUCUAUGGAAGAGUUUUCUGGAGAAAGAGCAGAUGGGAAUCUUAGUAGCCACAGACAAGAUACUAUUAUAGCAGCAGGCUAUAGUGAUAGCAUUGAAAUGGUGACAGGCAUUAAAGAAGAAGCUUCCCACUUGGGAUUCUCAGCUGCUGACAAACUGUACCCUUGUCAGUGUGGGAAAAGCUUCACUCACAAGAGUCAGAGAGAUCGACAUAUGAGCAUGCAUCUUGGUCUUCGGCCUUAUGGCUGUGGUGUCUGUGGUAAGAAAUUCAAAAUGAAACAUCACCUUGUUGGCCACAUGAAAAUUCACACAGGCAUAAAGCCAUAUGAGUGUAAUAUCUGUGGGAAGCGAUUUAUGUGGCGGGACAGUUUUCACCGGCAUGUGACUUCUUGUACCAAGUCAUAUGAAGCUGCAAAGGCUGAGCAAAAUACUACUGAUGUUAAUUAAAAAUAGGAUGUGGAUUUUUUUUUUUUUAGUGGCGUGCACAAAAAUAAACUAUUAUAAUUAUGCAAAUUGUGUGCACAGAUGAUGUGUGGUACUUGCUAUUUUAUGAGACUAGCUUAAAAAUUGGAGAAUAUUUCUGAAAGACUGUAUGUAAGUAGGCCAAUUUUUAAAGUCUAAUUUCUUAAGUCAGUAUGCUUCAGUCCUGCCCUGAGAGUUCAAGUCUCUGCUAACCCAUCUCUCAGCUGACUUUUCAACUUUCAGGCCAGUUGUAAUGUAGGUGUGCCAUUUUUGUUUUAUUUUGUUUUUAAUGUAGCCACCUGCAUUUAGAACUUGGCUGAAAAUGUAAGUUUGGUUUUUUUUUUUUUUUAAUUCUUUUUUUUUUUUUUAAUUUUUCAUUUAGUAACAACUUUUGGUCACUCAUAACUUAUUCCUAUUGAAAUGUUAUUUUGCCUUUAUUAAUGAAACCUUGGGUUAGACAGUCUGAAUUUGUUUAAGUUAAAAGUCUCACCAAACAAAUCCUCUCCUGUGUAAAAAGCUUAAAUGUAAGGCUCCUCAAAGGAGAAGUUUAGUAGAAUUCUUUUGGUCUAAGUUUUAUCUUUUUAAAGGAUAUUUUAAUUAAAACCAUGAAGGAGGAUGCAAAGUAGGUAACAUUCUAACUUGGUUCAAUAGUAACAUGGUACAAGCUUCAUUUUUUUUUUGUGUGUGUGUGUGUGUGUGAUACUACAGUAAUGUGUAUCGAGUUCUUAAUAUAACCCACACAAGGUUUUAUAUUUUAGUGUACUAAAGUUUAAAAUUUUUUAUCUAGGCAUAAUUACUAGGUAUAGAAUUAGUUACCAGAAAUUAGUAUUUCUAAUUGGCUUGAUGUUCCAGUUCCUGUUCAUGUGAGUGACUGACUCAACUACCGCUGUAGCAGAGUCCUAGGUCUAAAUAUUGGACCUGUUGUGAUCCUGAUUACGAGUCCUACCUGCUGCUGUUCAAGAGUUGUGGGCCUAUUACAAAUAUUUAAGCUUUCUAAUCAAAAUUUGUCAUUCAUAGUUAACAGGGAAGAAAAAAAAACUACAGCUAAAGCUUAUAGUUAGGAGCCCUUGUGUUUUAGGAGUUGGGUUUAGUGUCCUGUAGCUAUGAAGCUACAAAGACUUAGAAACAGAGUUGCAGUGUGAGUGAAACAGAAAAAAGCUGGUAAACUGUUUGGGUGGCACAUUGUGUCUAUUGAUUCAAUAUCAUGCAAUUUGAUCGUUGUUACCUGUGUAAAAAGGGGUGGUAGCUCUUGAAAACAGAUCCACAUGAGCCCAUAAUGUAAGUCUUUUUAGGGGCUGGAAAGUAUUUUAGAAUGGAAAAGAAGAAGAAAAAAAAAUUGAUUUUUCAACAGAGCAGUUUAGAAAGUCAAGCUCCCAAAUUAUACUGCUACAUAAAUGAAUAAGUGCACACAUCUGUACAUAUAGAAAACAAAAAAACGUAAUUCUAAGAUUUUUCUUUUCUUCCCAUCAGUCUGAUGGUAUUGGACUGAAGACUACUUUUUAGAAAAGGAAUCAUAUUCUGAAUACUCGUAAGCUCUAUGAUGUAUCUAGAUAUCUCAUUGGGGUGGGACAGGGUGCUAUAAUUAUACUAAUUUCUUUUGACUUACUGGUUAAUUACUUCCAAAUUUUAAGCAUAUUUUCAUUUUGUAGGAAAAAUAACUGAAAUUUGGUUUUUAAAAAUUGGCUUUUAGCAAAUAUGGUUGCCAUUGCUGGCAAUGGACUUACUCAAAUUGCUAACUCCUAGGAAUUCAAGUUUGAACACUGUAUGUGGACAAAUGGAAAGUCACUCUUGUAAUUGUAAUUAACAGGGAUCUACUCACUGACACUGUAUCCUUUUCAAUAUAGAAAAGCACUUUGUAUUUAAAUCUCUUUAUGCAUAUAUUGUUUUUUAACCUAGAAACUAUAUAUUACCUCCUGAUUUAUUGCCACAUUAAUACUGUUUCCUUAAUAUUCAAAAGUCUGCCAGUUGCCAGUCUUUCUUUGUUUACAUGACUGGAAUUGUGUAGAGGUGAUUAUACAAUCCAACUUAAUUUUAUCCCACCCUUUGAAGUGGUCCUGGUCUUUCUGUGUGAUAAGAAAUUGCUUUAUGACUCCUAUUAAUAUUUUUAAUGAUGUUGUGAAACAAUGACUCCUGCCAAAUAAUUUUACCCUAUGCUAAGGUGUUAGGAAAGUAUAUUUCUUAUCUAUUUGAAAGCUGUCCUUUUAAAAAAUUAGGUUGGGAAGUUUUGUAAGAGUUUGAGCUAGAAAAUACAAAUAUAGGAAUACCUAUCUUUCAAUUCUGUUCAGUUCAGUGAAACAAUCUUGUCAUGAGUAAUUUGAAGUUUUUUUAGUCUAUUCCAUUAUUUUCUUACUUACUAAUAAAAUAUUAUGUCAUCUCUGACAUCAAUUUUACAAGGAUUUAAUUUUUUAACUGCAAUUUAAUUUACAAUUUUUUAACUGCAAAUUUAACUGCAAUUAACCUUUCUUAAAUAGGUUGGUACCUUUUGUAGGAAUCUUGAUGAGUAUACCAACUGCUAAUUUAUAAUUCUUUUAUUUUAAAGAUCCAUGCUCAACUUUUCUGUUGUCCUAUGCUGUUUAUAUAAUAUAUUGGGUUUCAUUUUUUAAAAAAUGGUUAUGGAUAAACAAAUCAUCCCAGAUAUUCUUAGUGGGACCACUCUAUUGCUGACUACAUUCAGAUAGCACAAAAUCUUUUCCCAGCAUGAGUUGGGCUGGAGGAAGGCAAUGGAGUUGGGAGGCAGGGAAAGGUUUGGAGAAGAAUGCUUACUUACUAUGCUAAGAGAAAUUUUGCAUACUUUACCUUUUCAAGAUAAAAUAAUUAUAUCCCCCUGCUAAAUUAUCACCUUUGUGUUGGGAAUGAUUACUCUUUUUUUUUUUUUUUUCUCUAUCCCUUAACUAAGUGUUUAGAAUUUAGAAUUUAGAAAUGUCUUUUGUGCAGGAGGGAGUUGAAGAGGUCACACUUACAAAGCCUUCUGUAGAUAUGGUGUGAUGUCAUCCCCCUCCAGUAUUGAGUUUUCGUUAAAAUCUUUAACUUGAGCUCUUCCUUCAUCCUGAUUUUUUUUUUUUUUUUUUAAGGCUACACUUAAUGAGGACUGUGAAUGUUACAUGACAUUAUUAAUGCUAGCACUUAUAUCAUGCUUUUAAUUUUAGAAGCACUUACAGGACAUGAAAAUAGUCUACUUCAUAAGGUAGACAUCAUCAUUUUACAAGAAAGGGAACUGAGGCAAAGGUUAAGUGCCUUCUCCCAAGGCCACCCUGGGAUCAUAUGGGAUUAACCUCAGGAGUUCUUGGGUCCCAGCCCUUUGAUUCUGACUACUAGACCAGACCUUUCUCAGUUCCUUUUUUAUGGUCACCAGUUCAGACUGAACAAAAAAGAAUUUAUAAUUAAUGCUCCAUUCUUCUUCCUUCCCCAGUUUAGGGGUGAUAACCAAGUUUUAAGGCUAUUCUUGAAGAACUUAAUGGGAUACUCCUCAAAAUUUUAUGGUUUAAUUCCUCUGUUCUGUGUAUGGUUUGCAUUGCCAGGUACUUUGGAAGUGAAAUUGAACCGUGUACACAAGAACAAAAUUGAUACCUUUUCUUCUACCCCCAGGGCAAGAGAUACAACACACUUGAUUGAAGAUUGAAUAGAGUUCAGAUACUGCCAAAUUUAGGGUCUUAGUUUCAUAAGGUCCACAUUUUGAUGAGUUGGGAGUAGUAAGGAAUGAGACUAAAUCCAUGCAGAAUCUUCUUCAAUAUAAUCUUAAGUGAAUUUUGACUUGUGCCACUAAUAUUUAUUGAAAAUGCUUUAUAGGGUUACUAACUCAGAAGGUUCCAUCUUUAUUCAGUGAAACCAGAGUUUUUCUUUGAAAUGGCAAAGUAUUUGCUACUUUAAAACUAUUUCAAUGAAUCUGUUUUUAAUUUAGAAUAACUAUACUGAACAGUGCCCUGAGGGAAAAUGCUGGAACACAUUUCUUAAAAUGUGACUUUUUUUUCCUUGCUUGAAGCUUGUGUCAUAUGUCAGUUGUUGCUGCUUUGUUUCCUUUUUUAUGGGGUUUCCAAUAUUUCUUCCAGAAAUUUACUUUUAUUUAUGCAAGUCAGGUGAAUCUUCCUUGAGCUACAUAGUUUUAUUCUAAGGAAAUUGUCAUUUAAAGUUGCAUAUCUUAUUGAUAUUUUGUGAAAUGUUAUGCCUGUAUUGCAAAGGUUGAAUAGUUUUGUCUUUAUAAAAUAUUGCUGUCUUUACUGUACAGCAUGGUUUUACUUAAUUUAAUGUUACUGUUUAAUAUUUUCUUCUUAUAGAAGAGACCAUGCCCUUUUGUAUGACAUGUUUUAAUAAAUGUUAUCUGUCAACUUCGUAAAA